CGCGGCUGCUCGGGAUCGGCUCCGGAGCCUGCGGGAGCCGAUCCCGUUCUGGCUGCUCCGGGCACGGAACCUCCGGUUCUGAUCCCUCCUGGCUCGGCUGCGGCCCCUCCGGCACGGAUCCGGUGGCGCCUCCGGUUCGGGUGCCUUCGGACACAACUCCUACUGCGGCUCCUCCGGGCACGACUCCCGCUCCGGCUGCGGCUUCUCCGGGCUCGUCUCCGCUUCUCGCUCCGGCUUCUCCUCCGGACACAGCUCCGGCUUCUCUCCCGGGCUCCCGGUGCGGCUGCCCCGGCCAUGGGGGUUCUGGCGGGCGCGCCUCCGCCGUGAGCAGCAUCGGCAGCAGCGGGACCCAGCGAUGUUGCGGGGCCAGGUCAGUUUGGAGGAAGAGAGCCAGAAUCCACCCACUGUGGGACACUGGAAGACCCUGAUGCCAUCCAAAGGUGACAAGGAGGAGCCAGAGGGUGGAUGCCAGGAUGCUGGAGGUGUGCAUGUACCCCAGUCCAUGGAGCAGCUCAACGUGUCCCGGCUGCGCAGCUCCUCGGUGGAGAUCCGGGAAAAGGGCUCGGAGUUCCUGAGAGAUGAGCUGCACAAGGCACAGAAGGAGCUGAAGCUCAAGGACAAAGAAUGUGAGAGAUUGUCAAAAGUCAGGGAACAGCUGGAGCAGGAACUGGAGGAGUUAACAGCCAGCCUGUUUGAGGAAGCCCACAAGAUGGUGAGAGAAGCCAACACCAAACAGGCUGCAGCAGAGAAACAGCUCAGGGAGGCCCGGGGCAAGAUUGACAUGCUGCAAGCAGAGGUGACAGCCCUGAAGACACUGGUGAUCACAUCCACGCCAUCCUCCCCGAACCGGGAGCUGCACCCCCAGCUGCAGAGCCCUUCCAAAGCUGGCUUCAGGAAAGGCCACGGGCGGAACAAGAGCACCAGCAGUGCCAUGGUGUCAGCUGCCAGCCAGAACGUGGCUCCAGAGCCCGUCAGCCGGGAGUGCAGAGAGGUCGACUCCAUUUUAUUUGCCGAGUUCCAGGCCUGGAAGGAAUCUCCAACUUUGGACAAAUCCUGCUCCUUCCUGGACAGAAUUUACCGAGAAGAUGUAGGACCUUGUCUGGACUUCACCAAGCAGGAGCUCUCGGAGCUGGUGAGAGUGGCAGUGGAGCAGAACACCCUCACCAUCGAGCCAGUGGCUUCCCAGACUGUCCCUGUGGGGAAGGUGGCAGCAGAAGACUGUGGUGGCCCCAAUGGCUUCCGGUCACAAAUCGUAACGAAAUGUGCUCUAAGCGGCCUCCCCAGGACCUGCAAGCACCGGAUCAUGCUGGGGGAUUCUGGGAAUUACUACUACAUUUCCCCUUCCUGCAGGGCCAGGAUCACAGCAGUGUGCAACUUCUUCACCUACAUCCGCUAUAUCCAGCAAGGCCUGGUGAGGCAGGAUGUGGAGCUGAUGUACUGGGAGGUCAUGCGGCUCCGGAGGGAGAUGUCUCUGGCCAAACUUGGAUUUUAUCCCAGUGAGAUGUGAGCAGAGCCCUGAGCCUGGAGGAAGCUGCUCCUGGAGGAAGGGCUUGGAGUGCAGUGCCUGUCCUGCUCCCUUCCACUUUCCCUUGGCCUGGAGCAAGGAGCAAGUGGCACAAGUUCCACCUUCAGCUGUCCCACUCCUCCAAGUGUGACUGCAAUGCAGCUGCCACACUGCCCCUGGAGCUGGGCUGGCCCUGGCUGCUCCAGGAUGACCAUCCAUGGACUCUGGAGUCUCCUAAUUGCAGUGUAUAUCCAUUUUUUAAAACCUUUUGUUUUUAUAUGCAGCCUGCUUUGGCAUAACCCGAGGCUAGGCCUGUGCAGGGUGGGAAUUCUGGACCUUCCUUGUGAGCCAGUCUGUCAGGACACAUGCUGGCUGUCUGUUCCACUUGUUUUUUUGGGAUGGAGGGGGUGCUGUCCCUGAGGUCCUGCUGACCACAGCAGCCCUGAAAAUGCCAGCAGAACACAAUAAUCUUGAACAGUUUGUUUCCAAGUACUUCCUUGUUCCUUUUCAAGGAGCCUGCAAGAGAAGCUUGUUGCCAGCGGAGUCACAAAGAGGGAUUUGUUCCUGUUUUUGCUGGAUGUUUGGCACUGGGUUAUGCAGGCUGGGGAAUGGCUGGAGCUGUGCACCUGGGGCCUCCAGCAGAAGAAAGGGAGCAGGGAAAUUCCCUAACUCCCAGCAGGCUGCAGGAUUUUUUCCCCCAGACUAGGGAAUCUGCUUGAGUUGUCAGAGGCAGAUGCAGGGCCCUGUGACAGUCCCUGGUGUGAAGUCCCCCAUGAAGCUUCUAAACAUAAAACUUACCCACAAACAAGUCUUGGAGCUGUUCCUGCUCUUGGGGGAGCUUUGGGCAGUCCUGUUCCCUCUCUUCAGGCAGAACCCUUGCCCCAGGUUGGGUUCUUUGUGUCUCCAGAGGGAGCAUGCCCAGGUUGGCAGUCCCAAAGCCCAGCGAUUCCUUCCCACUGCUACAUCAGAGCCUGUCCACUGGGAAUCAUGACUUUUCCUGGGCUGCCAUUCCCUGGUGAGGGAAUCUGAGACCUCUUUGUGUGCCUAUGAGGAAUGUGGCUAAGGUUCCUGCCUGCCCCAAAAUGUGCUGGGAGGGAGGGAUGUCACUGGAGCUGUAGGAAUGCACAGGCCUAACACAUCCUGAGCCCAGACCCAGGUUUAUUAAAGCCAUGACAGUAUUUUGUAGCUAAUUAGCCUUUUUUUCAGUGACUCUGGAAUCAGCUUAGCCAUCACUCACUCUGGGGUUUCCACUUCUGACAGGGUUGUCACCCUGUCCCUCUGCCACCCUCAGCAAGCUGGUGCCCAUCCUCAGAUCCGUAACUCCAUCCUCUUCUGAAGGCUGUUACAGUAGGAACUUGAUUUUCUUCCAGUGAGCUGCUGGAUUUUGUCUGGGAGAGAGAGAAAUAACACAGCUUUGGUUUUCCUAGCUGUGGAUUUCAGCUCAGGUGAAUUCCACCCCUGGAAUUUAUCCCUGCAUCUCUUCCCCCAUCCUUUCUAUCUCUCCAUGUCUUCCUGUGCCGUGAGCUGCUACGCUGCACAAACAUUGCAGCACUGGGAAUGAGAUGAUCUCUCUGACUAGGAGAUGUUUUGGUUUCUGGGAUAUUUUUUGCCCUGUGGUGUCACAUUGAAAAGCACUUUGAGACAGAAGGAGCUGGAGCAAUGCCUUGUCUGAGGUUGUCUUGCAUUUCAAAGCAGAGAACAAUUUGUGAAGGAAAAUGAAGUCACUCCGUUAGCAGCGGGAUGGUUGCACCCUGCUCUUUCAUAUAGGAAAAUAAACAUUUGCUAUUAAC